UUUACGGUCACAUUCUGCUACUGGCCACAUGGAUUCAUUCGUGAAUAAAACAUUUUAAUUUAUAAAAUAAAUGCUUAAAAGUAAAGAAAACCGUGCGAGAGUAGAUAAAAUAUACGGCGGACACACAGAGAAGCAUUAAAUAAAAACUUGAUAAGGUUGCAAAGUGAAAAUUGCAAAUGUCAAGACACCAAAUCGGCGGCCGUGAUUGUGUGUGUGUUGGAAUUUGCAAGUGUGUGUGAGUGUGCACGGCAAACGACCAAAAAAGCCGACAUCAACGAGACGGGAGCACAAAACAGAAAACGUUGCGCCCAUUUUUUGUUGUUGAUUCAUUAAAUAUACGCGGCACACACAUACACUUACAAAACCCAAGGCGACGAGCGUGUGUGCAUAUACAACGUGUGUGUGAGUGUGUAUUCGUGAGUUGUGGAGCAGCCAGUCCAACAAGCUCCCCAUAAGUAGCCGUCUCUCACACCAACACCAACACAAUCGCAACUGAAGCAGAAGCAGCGGCAGCGAAACAGAAGAAACACUGUAGAAAGAGCAGCGGUCGCAGCCGGAGCAGCGGCAAAAGCAACGUCAUAAAUUUGUCAUCGCUUUUGGUUAUUUUCGAAAAAAAUAUAAUAAGCACCAGUUGUUAAUACUGAAUUAUAUUUGAAAAGACAUUCGUUAAACGACUGCAAAACAAAUACAAUUGCAAGAUGAUAUUGCUGGAAAUCAAUAAUCGCAUUAUUGAGGAAACACUCCUGGUCAAAUACCGCAAUGCUCAAGCAGGACUCAAACAAGAAUCGAUUGAUAUACGAAUAGCAGACUUUGACGGUGUUCUAUAUCAUAUUUCUAAUGUGAAUGGCGAUAAAACAAAAGUGCGAAUUAGCAUUUCGCUCAAGUUCUACAAACAGCUGCAAGAACAUGGAGCAGAUGAGCUCCUUAAACGGGAAUAUGGAAAUUUGCUGACUGAUACGGAAGAAGGUUAUAACGUUUCUGUACUUAUUAAUCUGGAGGAAAUACCCGAAGAUUGGGAGCAGGUUGCAAAGAAAAUUGGACUGCUAAAGCGCAACUGUUUUGCGUCAGUUUUCGAGAAGUAUUUCGAUUACCAAGAACAGGGCGAAGAAGGCCAGAAGCGAGCAGUUAUCAACUAUCGCAACGAUGAAACACUCUAUGUAGAGGCAAAGCCUGAUCGCGUCACCGUUGUCUUCAGCACCAUCUUUAAGGACGAAGACGAUGUCAUCAUUGGCAAGGUAUUCAUGCAGGAAUUGAGAGAGGGACGCCGUGCAUCGCAUACAGCGCCACAAGUGCUUUUCUCGCAUCGCGAGCCUCCUUUGGAACUGGCCAACAGCGAUGCCAGAGUUGGCGACAACAUUGGAUACGUUACAUUCGUGCUAUUCCCUCGUCAUACCAAUAAGGAAACGCGGGAUAAUACUAUCAAUUUAAUACACAUGUUCCGAGAUUACUUGCAUUAUCACAUUAAGUGUUCAAAGGCGUACAUUCAUUCACGGAUGCGUGCAAAAACCUCAGACUUCCUUAAGGUGCUAAACCGUGCGAGGCCCGAGUUAAAAAAAAUCGAAAAGAAGACUAUAACGGGGAGAACAUUCAUACGCAAGGAAUGAUGCACGCAGUAUAUUUAGUUGUUUUUAUAUAAAUAUAAAAAUAAAAUUGUGUAUUAAAAUUUGAGAUAAACCGCAGAAGUUUGGCAAAUUGAAAGCAAAUGUUUCCAAAACGAUAUAGUGUGAGAUGUAAACCGCAAACAGUAAUAAGAAGUAAAGAAAGUAAAUUGAAAAUUUUCCAACUGCAAGUAUUCCAAAAGAGACAAGAGUUAAGCUAAAUAUAAGCUGAGCAAGUUAAUGAACAAAGAAUUAACAAUAAUAGUUACGCGUUAAAAUAUAUAAUAAUUAAAUUGUGUGUGUUCGUCGAGUCAGCGCCCAGAGCUAGAAACAGAAACAUAAAUAGAAAUAAAAAAAAAAAAAACAAAUAAAUUAUACAGAACAACACAAUCAGAAUCAGCAAGUCAGCCACAAAUAAAUUUGUUACAGUCAUU